CAACCUGGGUACUAGUGCCGGAUUAACCUAUUUGCAAAUUACGCUGUAGUGUAGGGCCCCCAGCUGCAUGUGUGCGGCCGGGUCCACACACACAGGAACAGAGGAACACACAAGCUUGAAUUUGGUUCAUUGUUUCUUCUUUUAUGACGGCUAGGCAUUUGUUCUCAAUUACAGCAUACCUGGUCUGAGUCUCUCGCACAAGCAGCUUCCUGCUAAUGUACAAAACCAAAUAUUACACGCCCAUUACCUCCUGGGAAAUAUCCAUCUCUAGUCCUACAUCAGAGGCAUCAGUUUGCAGGAUACAAUCUGUGAAUCAGGCUCAAUUACACAUUCAUUUACUUCAGUUUUAGGGCCAAUUUAAAAACCUCUCCUGUCUCAGAUGUGCAUAGUAUGCCUCUUUACAUUUUAGAAACUUUCCUUUUUAAUUAGGGGGUUUGAAUUUUAGAAAAAGACAGGCCAUGGUAAACAUGUAUUAUGGCUGCCCUUCUGCAGCUGGAAGGAGGGGUUUAUGUCCAUGGUGUUUGUUUCUCUCCCUUUAUAGCUAACCAAAAGCUUAAAACAAGAAAUAAGCAAAGGAUAGUCAGAAAAGUUAUUCCCUUUUUUGUUAAACUAGAUUGUUUUGUUCUAUUGAAUGCAGUGCUACUACUGGUCCGUAGAAGGGAUUUACAAACAGUUUUGGGGGGGGGGGGAAAAACACACUUUUUUAUGUAUCUCUCUAUCUCCAUCUACCAUAAUCUGCUGCUAUUGAAUAUAUAAUAGCUGCUGGUCUUUCUGGUAAACUAACAAAACCACUGACCCAUUAUCCCCAGUGGAUGCUAUAAUAUGUCCUUGCUAAUGCUUUUGUACUUUACUGCCUGAGACUGAACUUUUUUUUUUUUGUCUGUGAUCCAUAUUGGAUCAAUAGGGGUUCUAUGUUCCCACAGAUGAUCAAAUGUAAGUUUUAAAUCACGUGAUUUCUGUCGUAUGGUACAAGGCAAUAAAGGCAUAAAUAGUUUAACAGUUCUCCUACCAUGGUUGUUGUGGAAGAGUGAGUAUGUAGGUGGCCCCCAAAAUAUGGCUUGGUCCCCAACACAGGGCCGGAUUAACCAAUAUGCCAAGAACACCAUUCGCCAUAAUAAGCAUAGGGCCCCAAAAUAUGGAUUAGCAUAUGGCCCCCCACAUCCUUUAGUCCAGGCCUGCCGGUUACAAACCAGGUGCAGGCAGACCUCUAUAGAGAACCUGGCUUGAGUCGCCUUCCAGUGUAGCAUCCCUGAAGUUGCUGUCUGUAGCCUCUGUGAAGUACUUGAAUAAUCUGGUGUUUUGUAGGAAAAAAGCAACAGCCUAAAAUGAGUUCCAGCCAUGAGAGCUCUCUUACACCCAGCAUUUUCGAUAUGGAUUAUUUUUCUUGGAAUGUGCGCUACAAAGUAAUUGCUGCUGGAUUUAUUUUCUAUUGUGCAGUUUUUCUGCUCUCCCAUGUUGUGUCAUCUUGCUUCUCUCAGACUUACUGCUCCUUGUCAGCAAAGGAGAAAGUGUUUUGGGACCUUGCAGCUACUCGUGCAGUAUUUGGGAUCCACAGUGCAAUAGCAGGCCUGUGGGCAUUGCUGGUAGAUCCAGUGAUCUCUGCUGACAAAAUAAAAAAACAGCAGAACUGGUCUUGGUUUACCCUACUCAUAGCCACAGGGUUUUUUCUCUUUGAAAACAUGGCUCUUCAUGGAUCCAAUUUAGUGUUCAGAACAUUUGACGUGUCUUUGGCGAUUCAUCAUUUCUUUGCCUUUGCUGGAUUUUCUGGUGCAGUGAUAUGGGACACAAUUGGUCACUAUUUACCUAUGGUGACACUGUUACUUGAGAUGAGCACUCCUUUUACCUGUAUGUCCUGGAUGCUUUUAAAGGCUGGCUUGUCAAAAAGUGUCUUCUGGAAAGCCAACCAGUGGCUGAUGAUCCACAUGUUCCAUUGUCGCAUGGUGCUCACCUACCACAUGUGGUGGGUCAGCUGGUGUCACUGGGAUGGAAUCGGAGGAAACAUUGCCCUGCCUUUGCGUGUCAUCUUUUUUACUGGACUGAUCUUGGUUACUUUUAUAUUAAACCCAGUGUGGACUCACAAAAAGACCAUGCAGCUUCUGAAUCCAGUGGACUGGAACUUCGGCAACAAGCCAGCACCUGAAAAUGGUCCAUCUGCAAAACAAGAUGGCCAGUUAUCGAAGAAAUUAAGCUAAAUAACAAAGCCAAUUACCCCAGUAUUAGCUACAGGUCGAUAGCGGUGUGAUCAUGUUUGAAUGUUGUAUAUUUAUACACAGGUUUUCAAGCAACUGUUUUAAAUAUGUUCUCAUAGGUGAAAGUGUUCCAUAGAUGGAAUUCCAUCAAAAUGACUUUUUUGUGACCUAAGAAUUUUUAUUUAUUUAUUUUUCUCCUGUUGAACUGUAGCUUGAUUGAGACCAUAGGCGCCUAACCCAUAGAACACAAGGGAGGCAAACUAUACUAAGUGAGAGGAUGACUAUAUUUAAAUAACCAUUAAAAUAACACUUCUGUUAUCAUUAUUUAUUGUGCUUAUGAACUAUCCCUGCACAAAUUGCUUCUGAAAUCACUCCUGUAUUUACUGUUACUUUAAAAAUGCUAGAGCCUUAAAAUUAGGGAUUCAUAAGCCAUUCAACAUGAGCAAGUGUGUCCAGAUUUGUUUUUGUUUAUGGAAUUGUGGAUCUUUUUGUAAAACAAAGUAAUGGAACUGGGAGUCAUCAAUAGCCAUCCAAAUGAGAAAGACUAACUCUGAUAUACUAAUAUGAAUAGUAUUUUUUGUUUUGUAUUACUACUACACAAGUAUUUGUAAUGUUUAAAGUAAAAUUGGAAGUUUGUUUAUAUUGUAGAUUGAUGUUACUGGUGAUCUUGUAACAUUGAAAAGUGUUCCAAUAAAUACUUUGUGUGUUAA